CUCACCUAUCGGAGCAAAGAGGUGAUCAGAAAUUAGGAAUUAUUCUGUUGCCCCAGCUGGAAAGUUGGAAGUUAAAGCUUGACUUUGGGAUAAUAGACCGGCCUCUAAUCUGAGCUGACACGAUGAGUCCGCUGUUGUAUUUAGGAGGUCUGCUGGCUUUAUUUCUGCUGUGGAUCAGAGUCAAAGGUCUGGAUUACGUGAUCGUUCACCAGCGGUGGAUAUUCGUGUGUUUGUUUUUGCUGCCUCUCUCUGUUGUAUUUGAUGUGUAUUAUUAUGUGAGAGCGUGGCUCAUUUUUAAGAUGUGCUCGGCACCCAAACUGCACGACCAGCGCGUGCGGGACAUCCAGCGACAGGUCCGUGAGUGGAGGAAGAAUGGCGGUGGGACCUACAUGUGCACCGGUCGACCCGGCUGGCUUACUGUUUCCCUCAGAGUGGGGAAAUACAAGAAAACCCACAAAAACAUCAUGAUCAAUAUGAUGGACAUACUGGAGGUGGACACAGAGAGGCAGGUUGUGAGAGUCGAGCCACUUGCCAACAUGGGUCAAGUGACCGCGCUCCUUAACUCCAUAGGCUGGACGCUGCCGGUGCUGCCGGAGCUGGAUGAUCUCACUGUGGGUGGGCUGGUGAUGGGUACAGGCAUCGAGUCUUCUUCCCAUGUUUAUGGGCUUUUUCAGCACAUAUGUGUUGCAUAUGAACUGGUCCUUGCUGAUGGCAGCUUAGUGCGCUGCACAGAGGAGGACAACUCUGAUCUGUUCCAUGCUGUCCCCUGGUCCUGCGGCACUCUGGGGUUCCUGGUCGCAGCAGAGAUUAAAAUAGUCCCAGCUAAAGCUUGGGUGAAGCUGCACUAUGAGCCUGUCAGAGACCUGGAGAACAUCUGUAAACGUUUCACAGAGGCAUCAGAGAACAAGCAGAACACGUUUGUCGAGGGUAUCCAGUACAGCCUGGACUCCGCCGUUAUCAUGACAGGAACCUUGACUGACCACGCAGAGCCAGACAAGAUUAACAGAAUCGGACUGCACUUCAAACCUUGGUUCUUUAAACAUGUGGAGAGCUACCUGAAAGGAGACCACAGUGGAGUGGAGUUUAUUCCCCUGAGGCAGUACUAUCACCGACACACACGCAGUAUCUUCUGGGAGCUUCAGGAUAUUAUCCCAUUUGGCAACAAUCCUGUGUUCCGCUGGCUUUUUGGAUGGAUGGUUCCUCCUAAGAUCUCUCUGCUGAAACUCACCCAGGGAGAAACCAUUCGACGUCUCUAUGAACAGCACCACGUGGUCCAGGACAUGCUGGUACCCAUGAAGCAUUUGCAGGCUGCCAUCACGCGCUUUCACCAGGAAAUCAACGUUUACCCUCUGUGGCUGUGCCCGUUCCUCUUGCCACCGGGCAGAGGAAUGGUUCACCCCAAGGGCCAGCAGGAGGAGCUGUAUGUGGACAUCGGGGCGUACGGGGAGCCAAAGGUCAAACAUUUUGAAGCCAGAGCAUCAACACGUCAGCUGGAGAAGUUUGUCAGAGAGGUGCAUGGGUUCCAGAUGCUGUAUGCAGAUGUGUACAUGGAUCGAGAGGAGUUUUGGGAGAUGUUUGAUGGACAGCUAUACCACAAGCUAAGAGCUGAGUUUGGCUGUAUGGAAGCUUUCCCUGAAGUUUAUGAUAAAAUCUGUAAAUCUGCCCGUCACUGAGCCGAGGUCCGUUCUGCUUUCCGAUCUGAGAUCCUGUCACAGUUGCACCACUGAAAUCAGCUAUUAGUAUCUGAAUGUUUCUACCAAAACAAAAACUCUUGUACAUGAGGACAGAGCUACACUCUUUAUUCUUGAACUAGUCUUUUUUUUUUUUAAACUAAAGUACUUAUUUUGGCAGACUGCAGAACUUCCUGUGUGACAUGAAAGAAAGCCAUGACAGUUUUUGAUGAGUUUAUACCAGGGAUAUGUCAUUAAUAUCCUUUUUUUCUGCACAGAGCCUAUUUUAUUUCUCAUUGGCCCCCAAGCUCUUAUUAAAUGUCCUAUUUUUAUCUUAAAACUUAAUGUUUGGCAAUAUUUUCAUCUUCAGUUGCUGACCAUUCCUGGUAAUGCAUUGUUGAAAUAUUUUUAUCAUUUCAAAGAAAAAACCUGUUGUAUAGCACAACUCCUGCUAUUUUAAUGUCCGAAUCAAACAAAUAAAAAAUAUAUUUUAUAAUAAAGUUAAUUCUCAUCCUUUGGUGGCAACAUUA